GCGGGUGCGUGCGCACCAGGAUUCGGCGCCCAGCUUCGGCCGCGAGUCCGCACGAGGUGAGGGCGCGAUGGAGGGCUCGGCGGCCUCCGCCACCUCGGCUUCGACCCCGGCUGCUCCGACCUCGCGGAACCAGCUGGACCAGGAGCAGAUUAAAAAGGCAUUGGAAGCUCUGUUGACGCAUUCCAGGUCCAGGAAAAACGACAAUGGCUUGCUUUUGAAUGAGAAUGAAAAUUUAUUUUUAAUGGUGGUAUUAUGGAAAAUUCCAGAAAAAGAACUGAGGAUCAGAUUUGGUUCUUGCAGCACUGUACGCAUCGGUCACACUGGGAUGCAGAUUCAGCACAUUAUUGAAAACAUCAUUACCGUCACAAAAACUCUUUCAGAGAAACUGCCAGAGAAGUGGGAGAGCGUGAAGCUUCUCUUUGUGAAGACUGAGAGGUCUGUUUCCCUUCCCAUCUUCUCCUCUUUUGUCAGCUGUCAGAAUGAGAACGACAGAGUGUCCUUCCGUAAACUGAAGGAAGAAAAGGAAGCGAAGCAAAAAGAGAAAGAGAGAAAACUCCGUGAAAAACAGAAGUUGAAGAAGAAGAAAAACAAGAAGUUAAGGCAACGGGCUAGGRAGGCUGCAGCCCUAAGUAAAGGUGACUCCGCGGCACCUAAAACGGGGGUUCCAGCGAAGAGCCCUGGAUCCCAGAAGAUAAAGACCAAACGGGUAAAGCCCCAGUUAAAAGCAGCAGAUACGUCUGAUGAGGAAAUUCCACAGCUGGUACCCAUAGGCAGCUCUCUGGCUAAAGAAAAUGUUAAGGCCACAGGAAAGAAGUCUCCCAACAAAAGUCUUGGUCCCAGCACCCCUCGUGCCAAGAAGAGAAAGGCCCCGCCAGCUACAGAGACCCCAGAAUCUGCAGAGCCCGAGACCCCAGGUAAAGGCCCAACAAAGCAGCCAAAAGUGGAACAGAAGAAAACAGAAAGAAGCUCUGCACUGGGGAAAAAAGACCUGAGACAGACUCCAAAGAAGCCAGAGGCCAAGCUCUUCACUACUCCCAGCAAAUCUGCAAGAAAAUCUCCCAAAACCCCCAAACAGUGGCUGAAGAAGGCCAAAGUAGCCCAGUCCACCCCAAAUCAGUGACUCACCCAGCCGGAGCGGCGGUCACCCCAAGAGCUUUUCAAAAAUACUUGGGCCCUGGGCUGGGUGGAGUACUAGACACACAUGGCCCUGCGUGCCCUCCCUCGCACCACAAAGAACCAAUUAAAAACUCAGUCCUGACACCCCCACCCCCCCUGCAACCUUCUCCAAAGGGGUGGCCUGUACCUGAAUAUCCCAGAAACCUGCCCUGGGGAUCCUGACAAGGACCUGGUUCUAAGAGCCAGUGCUUUGAAGUGAAAUCUGUUUUUUAAUUUUGCCCUGUGUAUUUGCUAAUGUAAUAGAGGGAAAGUAGAGUGCUUCUCCCUGGUCGUGUUGGAUUAUUAAAAUAUGAUG